UGGGAAAGUCUGUUUUGCGACCAAAAGUUUUGAUAACAAAUGAAAAUUACCUCCCGAUUUGUAUUCCAUCGGUAUCAAUGAAACAUCUGUAGUUGAGCACGGGAGAGUGCGGAGUGCGACGCAAAUAGCGCCAGGGCUGCUGGCUGAAGUACGUUUCAGUCGCACAAACGAUGGCGCCGUGAGCGUCUCACGCGGCGGCCAUGGUGUGCCACAGAUGGACGCUAGCUCUAAUUUUAAUCAUCGUUCCAAUAUUAGUUACAGUGAUAAGCGCAUUCCGCGUACGUUUACCUGGUGCAUCUCAUGAAGUGAAAUCUGAACGAAGACGCAUAUGUGAGGACUGUGGCGUGAGUGACCUUAACCUUGACCCAGUUGUGCAUAGUUUUAAAAAAGAGAGUGCGAAACGUUCUUACGAUGAUAUUAAAAAGGUUUUUAGUGCAAAACGACAUUUGUUUGAGGAAAAGUUGACAAAGAGGGACGAUGAACAGGAUGAUCUUGAGGAUGAUGACGAUGAUAGUUUAGCUGAUUCAGUGAAGGCUAGUUUUGAGCGUUUAGAAAAAGGAAAAGCUAGUUUUGAACGCUUAGAGAAAGCUGAAACGAAAAGUAAGUUAGAUGUUAAACCAAGAAGUAAAAAGGUGUCAUUGAUUUUGGAUUUCAAUGAUGACGACGAUGACGAUGACGACGAUAGUGAAGUAGACGACGAUGACGACUAUGAUCCUCCCAAACCACCUGAUCAUAAGAAACCAGUUGUAGUUGAUACUAAAAAAAAGUUAGAUGACAAAGAAGAAUCGACUGCAUCUGUGAAACCAUUACUUAAACCCACAGUUAUUAUUAGUAAAGAUAAGAAAGAUAAAAUCGAAGAUGUUGAUAAAAAAGAGAAAAUUACGGACCAACAAAAACAUAAAGUAGAUAUUUCGACUAUUAAAACUGUACUGAAAGAAACGUUAAAACCUAAAGCAGAUAUUGAAAAGCCUUUAAAAACUACAAUAAAAGUAGAAAUCAAAAGUGAGACAGGAAAAGAUACUAAACCAAGUAAAAAAGAAUCAGAAUUACCUAAGAUUAAAAUAAUAAGUAAACCAACGGAUGCUCCAUUGAAAGAAUCUGUGGUACCCGAAAUCAAAGAAAAAGCUGCGAAGAUUGAAACUAAGGUAAAAGAUGAUAGCAAACAAAAAACUACUAUCGUCAAAGAAGCGAUAAAGAAAAGCAAAGAAAAAGUUGUUGUAGAUGAUGUUUCACAUAUAAAACUUACGUCUGAAUCAAAAAAGACCAUAGAGUCAAGUUCUGAAGACAAAUCUGACGAUAGCAAAGAAGCUACAAAAGCCGAUAGCAAAGACGGUCGUUUACAACAUGUAUCAGAUGUUUUGCACAGGCGAAACUUGUUACAUAGUAGAUUUGAGGAUUUUUACGGCAUUUUCCCAACAUUUGCGCCAAACUUUUCGCGCGUACAUAAUCCUGAAUGCCGGCGUCACGGACAAAUACUUUUGAGACAGUUACGUGGAACAAAAUUAUGGGCCCUAAACAUGCUCGACGCAACGGCGAAGAUACCCUCGGGGUUACUUCAAGGCAACGGCAUACAGUUGGGUGACUUUGACCAGUGCCUGGGCGUCCGGGCUAGGGUGCAAUUGGACACCGGCAGCAUUGUAAGGGUGCAAGGGAGGUACUGCUUGGCCAUGAUCGAUGUGAAGGCGGAACACCCUGAACUGGAGACGCCAGUACAUCUUGCGCAGUCCAGGAACUUGUUCAAGAGUAGGAUUGAUGAUCCAGGUCACUUCGUGCCCCGCUUUUCCACGCUGAGCUGGGGGGUCUGCGUACCCUCGCCUUGCAGCUCUGGAGAUGUGGAGGUCAUCCUCAGAGAUGCUAUCAAGCACUAUCAGUACAAGACUGGUAUCAGCUUCCGGGUGAGGGUUGACGACCAAGACUGCUUCACAAGGAGGGGGGCGAACUGGUGGAAGGAAUGGCUGGAUUUGCCUACCAUUUUGACUUUGUCUCUAUACGCUACCGUCAUUUCAUUGGUGCUGAUUGCAACAGUACAAGAUUAUCUUGGUACAAAUAAUUCUGAAGAGGAAACAACGGAAGAAGGGAAAUCUGAUGAGCAAGGGAAUGAAGAGAAAGAAGGGAAUGAUGUCCAAGAAAAGAAAGGCUCAGAUGGAUUCCUAAGUUCAUUCUCCCUUUACAACACCCUCGGGAGGCUGGUAGCGCCGGCGAGCAGCGAAGAGAUAGCCUGUAUCCAUGGUGUGAGAGCCAUUGCCACGGUGGCAUUGCUAUUCGCACACAAGUUCCUGCCCAUAGCCUUGACGCCGUACACCAACCGAUUGAGGAUCAGCGAGAUAGUGACGUCUCCACUAUUAUCAUGGUGCAGAGCGGGAUGGAUGUUCACCGAUUGCUUCCUCCUCAUCAGUGGCACGCUCACGUCUUACCGGAAGUCUACGAGCGAUACGAUAGCGGCAAAACUACUGUCGAGAUAUUUCAGAUUAACACCAGCUUUACUAGCCGUGGUGUUGUUCUAUGCCUACAUUUGGGACAAUAUCUCUUCUGGGCCGAUGUGGGGUACCUUGGUGACGAAGAACGCAGAGCUCUGCCAACAGGGCUGGUGGUGGAACAUGCUGUAUGUGCAGAAUUACUUCGGUAUUGAGGAAAUGUGUGCACCCCAAACCCACCACAUGGCGAUAGACUUCCAGCUGACGAUCCUCGGCGGGAUACUGGUGUGGGCGAUUCAGUCUGAGGUGCCAUUCUCUGGCACCGUGACCCAGUUGCUGCACCUCCUCGCUGCGUACUCCAGAUACACCACCUUCAGAGACCACCGGCUCACGGCAUUGGCUUACCAGGGGGUUAGUGUCAGUCAACUGUACAGGACAGGCCGUUUGAGUUACACAUCUAUCUUACACCGAUGUUCGCCUUACUUGAUCGGACUCAGUUUGGGACUUGCGCUGAGGAAGAAGUCGGGGAUAUCAAAGAUUGUAUCUUUCUUCGGGUGGUUCUUCUGCGCUGCUGUAUGGGCCUUGGUUCUGUGGGCUGCAUCGGAUUCAGGGUACUUCGACUAUCGCUAUGACGUCACGUUUGCAGCUAUAUACGGCACACUCACCCCGUUAGCGACUGCCUUAGGAUUUGCGUGGAUUAUAUAUGCCGUCCAUAAGAAUUCAGAUGGGUUCCUGUCUCGCUGGCUAUGCAGUCGUCCACUGCUCUUCAUUAGUCGCAUAUCCUACGCGGUUUACCUCAUACAAUUUGUCGUAUACUUCACAAAUACCGCCACAAUUCGAUCGCCCAAAGAGUUCUCACUUAUGACACUGUUCGACCUUCAAGAAGUUUCCAUCAUUGCACUAUAUUCAGUUCUUCUAACAAUUACAUUAAUAAUACCACUGCAAUCUGUACCUAAAAUAUCAUUUGAAACAAAAAAGGAAAAUGUAGAAGAAAAUGACACGGAAAAAGAACCUACAGAACUUAAUGAGGAACAUAAACAAGGCAAUGAUAUAAAAGUAGAGAAAGAUCCGAUUUUAAAGGAAGCUCCACAAAGAAGAUCUUUCAUGGCCCACAGAGAAGUUCUUGAAGAAAUUCCAGAAGUGGAUGUCGAGUACGAAACCCAGAGAGAUUCAAAUGAGGGCUUAGAAGAGAUUUUAGAAGAAGAAGACGAGUUAGAAGAAGAAAUGGAGGAAAGGGAAGACGAAGAAUUAGAAAUCAUUGAAGAGGAGCAAGGAGAGGACGAUGAAGGCCCAGAAGGACAUCAAUAUGUGACUCGCUCAUUCUCAGGGGAUAAUGAUCAGGAUAUAGAUGAAUGGGAAUGGACCAAUGAUGGAAAUGAUAGAGGAAGUCAACACUAUCGAUACAGCAGAUAAAUGAUAUGAUGAAAUAUAUUUUUUAAAUACAAAAAUAA